GUGUAACCUUACCUGAAGCUGCAACAUCUCUGUUUGUCACAUCUACUUUGCUUAGCAUUUCCAAUAGGAAUCGAGUGUCUUCUGCAGAAAGGUGUGAGUCAGACAAGUAGCUAUUUAGCACAUUUGCUUUCGUUCUCUAUUCUUUCAUUUAAAAGAAUCUCAAGAGGGUUACACGCAUCAGAGAAUUAGAAGAGAAGAUCUAAACUUCAAAGACCAGACAACGUAAUAAUGGAAGAACAAGACACUAAAAAAUCCAAUGGUUCAUUUUCUGAAGAUGCCAAUGACACAAGUAUUACUGAUGAGAAGGACAUUCAGAAUGGACCUGGCUUUGAUCAAGGAGGCACAAAAACAAUCCUGAAAACCAACAUUAGCUCUGGAGGGGUAAAGGGUGGCAGAGUGAGUUUUGGCUCUGAGAGCCCUGAAAUCCGGCGCUCUGGCCGUACAAGUACUAGCUCUAACAUAGAACCUGAUGAUGUUCUGUGUGAUUCAUGCAUUGAUGACAAGAAAAAGGCUGUUAGGUCUUGUCUGGUCUGUCAGACAUCCUUCUGUGAAACCCAUCUUAAGCCCCAUCUGGAGGGGGCUGCUUUUCGUGACCAUAAGCUAUUGGAGCCCAUUAGAGACUUUGAGGCCAGAAAAUGUCAGCUCCACAGCAAAACAAUGGAGCUGUUCUGUCAAACUGACCAAAGUUGCAUAUGCUACCUUUGUAUGUUCCAGGAGCAUAAGAAUCAUAACACAGUGACUGUAGAGGCUGAGAAGUACGUUAAGGAGACAGAACUGUCGGAAAUACAAGAACAGCUUCACCUUCAGAUCCUUGAUGUGGAUGAUGAAGUAGAGAGAUGGCAGAAAGAGAAGGAUCGCAUCAGAAAUUUCACAACCAACCAAAAGUCAGCUGUGGAUCACUGCUUCAAAGAUUUGAUAAAAGAGCUUCAAAGACAGCAGGAGGAGGUGAAGGCUCAGCUGGAGCAGAAAGAAAGGGCUGCAGUAGACCUUAUUGAGCAGAUAGUGGGCGACCUACAAGUGAAACGCGAUCAGCUGCAAGAUAAGCAACAUGAUGGGGAUAAACUUCUUCAUACUACUGAUGCUGUAUUGUUUUUGCAGGAGUUUCAGAUAGUGAUCAGAAAUGCACCCCCAAUCCCUCCAUUGCCUACCUAUACAGUUACAUUGGAUGGAGAAAAGCUGACUCAUGCCAUGGGAAGUUUGAAAGAGGAACUAGCGGCAAACUGCAGGAAACAUGUAGAUAAAUACAGCAAGAAUGAGGCAUCAAAGAAUUUGGUUGAAAAGAAUGUUGAGAAUAGGUACAUGAUGAAAGACCUUACAACAGACUGGGCCCCAUCUGCUGACUAUGGAAGGUUUGGAGCACUUUUUAAUAUAAAAGCAGGUGGCCGGCCAUCAUUCCAAUCCCCCACUCCUGGACGUAACCUAACUGACAGUGCUGCUACAUCCCUGAAUAGCAUGUUUACACAAAAAGGCAGCCCCCAGGUCUCAGCAUACCAGUUCUCCUCUACUGUGACAUCCACAGACUCCAACACUGCACCAGACAGCAACCCUUAUAACAUGAAUGUGUAUCCAAUGAUGACACGGCACCAAACAAAUAAAUCCUUGCCCCAAACAUGGAAAUCAGCUAAGCCGACCCUUUUGACCCAACAACGUCCUUUUUAUGUUAACAAGGGUAAUGCAGCAAGUACUGACACACCAUAAAUGGCCCCACCCAUGGCGGACCACGGUGGCUGGGCAAGGAUGGAUAUUUUAAAAUAAAAGGUUGAAUUUCUGGUCUUGGGGAUGGGGGGGGAUUCAAUUAGCUUUAUCACUGGCAUAUCAGCAAAUGUGUCAAGAGGACACACAAAAUGAAAUUCCAGGGUAGGCAAACAUUAUUUUCAUCCAACAUUAAAAAAUAAAAAAGAUUUUAAAAAAAAAAGUUUUUUAGACUGGUGUCUUCUGAGUUUAAGCUUCUUGGAACAGAAUGUCCAAUAUCUCAUGCAUACUUUCUUUAAAUGCAUUGCAUAUUAUUCAUGGUAGCAACAGUGUGUGACAAACUAGAAAGAAUGUCACUAGUUCUCAAUACACUGUGACAGUAUCUUCAUGUUAAUCUGUGUGUUAGUGCAGAAAUACAAGCUGUAGUUUUAGAACAUUUUCCAUUCUUGUAAAAUGGAAUCACUUCCGUAUGCCGAGUACCAUCUGGUACCAUGCUUGCAUAGCAGUAGGGCUGGUAUUUGUCAGAGAAAGCAUGUAACGCAAGUUGACUCAUACAUUGUCAUAUACUUGGUUAUACAUGGUUUAUUUUCCUGGUAACAGGAUAUUUCCCUCCGAGCAAGAUUUUCUAAGAAGUGAUUUUCCGAUUAAGCAGAUGUUCUUUGCAAGUAUCUUUUAAGAUAGUGAGAAGGCAAGCCAGCGAGGGGAAUUGAACUGCUGAAACAUUUCUCUACAUGUCAAGUCCAAGACUGCAAGGCUAUAGCUCAGAGAUAGGAGACACUGUCACUCAAGCUGUGCAGCCCUAGUGCGAUAAGCUUAAAUGCGCAUUCUCGUAGUUUUGGUCCAAAAACAUCUGCAGUGCUGAAGAAACAGCGUUUAUGCUUUGAACAAUCCUAUCUGUAUCUGUAUUCUGUAUCCUAUGAAUCCAAAAUGGCCCGAUUUCAUUAAAAAAAAAUUCUUGCAAUAUGUCUAUAUCCGUUUUAUAGAAGGAUGUAAUAAAAAGCAUUGUUUUCCCAGAUCUAAUAACUCAUAGCAACCAAUGAGAUAUUUGUUUUUGAAUCAGUACAUGCUACCUGCUGAUUGGUUGAUAUAGGUGACUAAGCUUGUAGCAAACUUCAGCACCUUUUAUUAUUUUAAACCCACAUAUAUAAUGUGUUUUAUUUGAACUCGUGUCACUAUCCUAGCCACACAGAUGUAUUUUUCAUGCAGGAAGCUCAUAUUAGGCUAGAUCUUGUUCAAUGAAAAAAUGUUAUUCCAUUGUUUAUCAAUUGCAAACUGCUCUGUAUACUACAGGGGGAAUGAUUUUCUCAUUGAACCUAAUCAUUUCUUUCUAUUGGUCCCUAAAUGGGUUACUACUGGACCAGAAAUAAAGGGGAAAACAGCUUCACAUUUUACUAAGCACCUUAGUACUAUAUUUGUCUGAUGAUAUUUGCUUUUGUGGAAAUGUGUACAACAUGAGAAAGCAAAUGAAACAAUGCUUUCUGAUGCUUUACUUAUAUAAACAUUUUAUAUUCAUUUUUAUUCUGACAAAAUCAUGUUAAAAUAAUAUUUUGAAUGCUAAUAGACUUUUGUGUUUUAUUGAUACCUCUUUAAAAUAAUAAACCAUACUUCCACUUUAA